GUGUUGCAUGUUGUUGUCAGUGGAAAAAAAAGCAGUCAGAUGAGAUCACCCAACUUGGAGGUAGUAGAUUUUGAUGGCUAUGUCCGGGAAGACAGCAGCAGGGCUGGCAGCAUUGACUCCUCCAGUAGAGGAGACUCACUCAAGAGGUCUUCCUUCCCACCAACCUGCACCUCCACUAUAAAAUUAGCAGCAAAAUCAAUUACUAGCCAUAUCAUGAACCACCUGUGGCAUUUUCCCUUGGGUGUAGGAGCUCAACGCCUCUCCUCUCUGGUAGUAGAAGGUGAUGAUGUCCCAGGACUCUCGGGAGAUGAACUAUCCUCAGAAGUAUUCCUUUCCCCUCAUGUUCAGCUCUUUGCACUUAAUCAGUCAUGUCUACUGUCCUUGGUGCAGUUACCAGCUCUCCAAGUCCCUGGUGGUGCUGCUACAGUGGGAUUCAAAACUCCAAAUUCAGAGGUGAGACUCAUCCUGCGUGACUUAUCAGGAAAGUUUUCUUGGGAUGCCUCACUCUUGUAUGCCCCACCAGCUGAGUACAUGUCUGAGCAGCCCCAUCAUCAGCAUCAGCAGCAGUCACACCAACACCAGCAGCAGCAGCAGCAGCAGCAGCCACAGCAGUUACAACCACAAACACAACAAACGGCUGUCUCCCCAGUGGCUAGUGCAGUUCCAUCACCAUCACUAGUAACUAGUGCUGGCUAUACUGGAUUAGGAGUCCAAUUCAGUGGAGCAGGAUGCCCAGGCAUUGUGGACAGCCGUGAUGAUGCUAUGUCCUCUUCUUUUGUUGUAACUUCACCGCCAAGACACACAGUUAGGCACCGUCCUCCAGGUGUACUUCCAACCCAUGAAGACACUGCUGAGGAUCUUGACAACCUUGAUGAUUUGUUGAGUUACGUAGGACACACAAGUCCUGAAGUUCUAGAGCAGUUUGGCCAUGCAUUAAAUGAAGCAAUUGGUCCCCCUCCAACUCUGCCUAUUGAAGCCCAGCAUGAUGCUAUCUCAACCAUCCUAAACCAGCGUAAUGUUGAAAGCGAAUUUUUCAGCAGACACUCUUCUGAUCCUAAUUGUUGAGUUACGUAGGACACACAAGUCCUGAAGUUCUAGAGCAGUUUGGCCAUGCAUUAAAUGAAGCAAUUGGUCCCCCUCCAACUCUGCCUAUUGAAGCCCAGCAUGAUGCUAUCUCAACCAUCCUAAAC